UCUCUCUGGGUACCUAUACGUUGGGGGUCGGCCAGUUUCUAAUAAUAUUUGCACCCUUACACACUCUCGCUUUCAUUAGGGAGACGGAAAACCUAUGUUAAACUCUGGGUUUAUUUCUUUUAUUUUUUUUAAAAGUGCAACCCAAGAGAAACUAACAAACGGAAUUUGGCUGUGAGCGCGCUUAUUUCCGGUUAAACCGGUUCCCCACAUUGAGGGGAGAGGCUGGGUUCAAUAUCGCGCAUUACACCACUGAAGAGGGAGUGAGCUUCUUGCAGAUUUGUCCACAGUAGUUUUCUGACUUUAUCACACUGUUUAAUACAGUAGCAAGCCGUUUCGGACGUCAGAGGCGCUCAUAGCUCCAACAAGUUGAAACGAGAAGCCAAAAUCCUGAACGGAGCGCCGAGAGUUGGAGUCGACUCUGGAAAAACAAAAGCCACAAAAUGCCGGAGGAGGAUCAUUACGGAAAGCAUGGUGAACCCAGAAAAUAUGACCCCACCUUCAAAGGACCAAUCCAAAACAGAGGCUGCACAGACAUUUUUUGCUGUAUUAUUUUCAUCCUGGCCAUAAUUGGAUAUGUCGCUGUGGGAAUACUAGCAUGGUCCCAGGGUGACCCUAGGAAGGUGAUCUACCCCACAAACAGCAGAGGGGAAUUCUGUGGUCAAGCUGGAACUGAUUUGGAGAAAAAGCCCUACCUGUUCUACUUUAACAUCCUGAAGUGUGCCAGUCCUGUAGUCCUUCUAGAGUUCCAGUGUCCCACCACUCAGAUUUGUGUGGAGAAAUGUCCUGAUCGAUCCCUUACUCUGUUAAAUGCCAAUGUUAAUUCCAAAGAUUGGGCUUACUACAAAACCUUCUGUAUAGGAGACCCAGGCAACAUGGCCCCUCCUGACAUCUUGAAACAAAAGUUUUGUCCUGCAGUGCUCAUCCCUAGCAAACCAUUCACACGGAGGUGUUUCCCCGCUCUUGGCAUAAAGGAGAAUGAGAUUACUGUAGGAAACAGUACCAGUUUUCCGGAUGGACAGGGCAAGAUUGUAAAAGCCAGUGACCUACUGCCUGCUGUAAAGAAUGCCACAAUAGUUGCUGAAACUCGAAUGGUGGUAAUGAAGAUCUUUGAGGAUUUCACAGUGUCAUGGUAUUGGAUAAUCCUUGGUCUGGUGAUCGCAACAAUUUUGAGUCUGAUCUUCAUCAUACUACUGAGGUUCUUGGCUGGCAUCAUGGUCUGGGUUAUGAUCGUCAUGGUCAUCCUUGUCAUUGGAUACGGUAUCGUCCACUGCAGUAUGGAGUAUGUUCAUCUAAAGAAUACCCCUGGGGCCAACAUCACCCUGAAGGAGCUGGGCUUUCAGAUGGACUUGAAUGUGUACCUGCAUAUCAGACAGACCUGGCUAGCCUUUACAAUCAUUCUGGCAAUAGUGGAGCUCAUCAUCAUCCUGCUCCUCAUCUUCCUCAGAAAGAGAAUAUUAAUCGCCAUUGCUCUCAUCAAAGAGGCCAGCAGGGCCAUCGGUCACGUGAUGUCAUCUCUGUUUUACCCUCUGUUAACCUUCUUUCUAGUAGCCAUAGUCAUUGCAUACUGGGCUAUCACAGCUAUCUUCCUCUCCACAUCCAAUGAGGCAGUGUACAAAGUGUUUAAUCAGACUGAGUGCAUUUAUGCAAGCAACACCUGCAGCCCUGAGAACUACACCAGCUCUGAAAUGAAGAAACAGUGCCCAGAGUCUCAGUGCCUUUUUGCAUUCUACGGCGGCGAAUCUGCCUACCACAAGUACCUCAUCUUCCUGCAGUUCUACAACGUCUUCCUCUUUUUCUGGUGUGCCAACUUCGUGACAGCCUUGGGUCAGAUGACUCUGGCGGGUGCCUUUGCCUCCUACUACUGGGUGUUCAACAAGUCUCGCGAUAUGCCUGCCUGCCCAGUGUUUGCCUCACUGGGUAGAGCUCUCAGGUAUCACACAGGCUCUCUUGCAUUCGGUUCUCUCAUCUUGUCAAUCGUCCAGGUCAUCAGGGUUCUGCUGGAGUACCUGGACCACAAACUACAAGUGGCACAGAAUAAAUUUGCCAAGUUCCUACUCUGCUGCCUCAAAUGCUGCUUCUGGUGCCUGGAGAAAUUCAUCAAGUUCAUCAACAGGAAUGCUUACAUCAUGGUGGCCAUUUAUGGGAAAAAUUUCUGCACUUCAGCCCGAGAUGCCUUCUUCCUAUUGAUGAGAAAUGUGAUCAGGGUGGCUAUCUUGGACAAGGUCACAGACUUCUUGUUGUUUUUGGGAAAGCUCCUUAUUGUGGGCAUUGUAGGUAUCAUCUCCUUCUUCUUCUUCUCUGGGAGAGCUAAAGGAGUGGAUGUUGUACCCAAUUUGCACUAUUACUGGGUGCCCAUUCUGACGAUCGUGGUGGGCUCCUACCUUAUUGCCCAUGGCUUCUUCAGUGUGUACGCCAUGUGUGUCGACACACUCUUCCUUUGCUUCUGCGAGGACCUGGAGCGCAACGACGGUUCUGCGGCUCGACCAUAUUACAUGUCGUCUACGCUGCACGAGAUCCUGUCGAAGAACACCGAGGAGCCCGCUGUCAAUUCUCCAUCUUCACCUCAGGAGGAAGAGGUCCCGCUGAGAACACAAAAGGCCGCCAUGGAAUGAGACUAGGCUCCAAAGAUUAGUCAUUCUGUCCAUUUCUUUUUUUGAGUGAACAGAUGUUUAGAUCUCCUCACAUUUUGCAAAAAGAGCGCUCACAAUCAUGAUCUGGAUUAUUAGUACCUGUCGGUCUGUUACUGUUAUUAUGAUUGUGUGAUUAAUUCAUUGGCAUAGUGGUUGCAUAGUGAACUUAAAAUCUGGAAAUUGGGGUGUUGAUUGAAAAUUUUUUUUUUUUUUUUUUUUUUUUUUUUUUAAAUGGUUGCAAGUGAGACAGAAUACAACUGAGCAGUCAAGGGGUAAGAGCCUCACAUGGACCCCACAGUGGUGGUAUGCAUCUUGAGCAGGGAAUGGCAAGUCGUACGUACCAAUGUACAUUUCUGAGAUUCCCCCAUUCUCAAAAAAAAAAAAGACCCAACAACCCUAUUAUAGGCUGAGGAGAAUGCAUGUUGUAUGUAUGUAAUAUAUAGCUUAAACUAUAGCUGAUAUUGAAUUGGCAUUGAUAUUGCCAGUUUAUUAGACACCCUUAGUUUAUACCUACAUCAUUCACUGGAUCAUUUUGGUGCAUCUGUUUGAGUGCAGCCCAUUGUACAUUGAAGCUGUUCUGGUGGCUCGUGACACAGUGCUAAGACACUUUGUUGGUUUUUCCUUUAAUUUGUAGCCUGACCUGUAUAUAAAGAAUCCAGGGAGUAACUGUAGUGUACUUCAG